GCGGGUCUUAAACUGUCAACUAACCGAAAAACAACAAAAACAAACAUCGAGGUUCCGGAGACGUUCUCUCAGCGGCCGUGGAGACGAUGUGAUCGGAGGUGACGCUGAAGACAAGCUCCCCUUUGGUCUCUGCUACAUCAGAGGGCCUGGACCAUGGACACCAUGGAGACGUCCUCUGAUGAAGAGGAGAGCCGCACCUUCGUCCAAGUCCUCAGCGAGAAAUAUAGCCCGGAUAACUUCCCCUACGGCCAGGGAGUCAUGGUGAUGCCCAGCCUGCCAGGGUCCCCCGUCAAAGACCGCCUCUUCCUGCCCUGUUCUCUCGUUCUGAGCGACUCUGGGAUCAAUAAAGCUGGAGAUCGGUCCGACAUCGCAGCGUUCUGUGUUCACGUGGCCGAGCUGGACCUGUCCCAAAAUCAGCUCAAAGACUGGGAAGAGAUCUGCGCCAUCGUUUCCAACAUCCCCCACCUGGACUUCCUGAACCUGAGCAUGAACCCUCUGAUGGGCGUUCAGCUGGAGCCCUGCAUGGCCGAGGUGUUCUCCAGAGUCCGUCAGCUCGUCCUCAUCAACACACACAUCAGCUGGGACACCGUACACACACUCACCAAACACACACCUGAGCUGGAGGAGCUUUUCUUGUGUCUGAACGGCUUCAACACCGUGUCCGAGUCGCAGACUUCCUGUCCGUCUCUGCGCCUGCUGCAGAUCACAGACAACCAGCUGAAGGAGUGGAAGGAAGUCAGGAAGUUUGGGCAGAUUUACCCGAGUCUGAACACGCUGGUUCUGGCCAACAACAGCGUGGACUGUGUGGGCGACUCUCCAGAAACUCUGCAGCGCCUUUUCCCCCAUCUGAGGAGCAUCAACCUCAACAACUCAGGACUCAGCAAAUGGACGGACAUCGAGAGGCUGAAUUUCUUCCCGAAGCUGAAGGAAGUGAAAGUGAAGGGGAUUCCUCUCCUGAAGACUUACACCGACCAGGAGAGAUGUAGCCUCCUCUUAGCACAGCUGCCCUCUGUGGUGUUGCUGAACGGCAGCAUGGUGUCUCACGGAGACAGAGAAGAUGCAGAGAGGUUUUUCAUCCGGCACUACCAGGACUGCCCUAAACAGGAACUUCCAGAAAGGUACCACGUCCUCGUAUCAAAGUACGGUCGGUUGGCACCGCUGGCGGAGGUGGACCUGAGCCCCCGCAGCACCAUGGUGGACGUUCGCUGGGGGGAAAAAGUGGAGGCCAUGAGUCUCCAUUUGGAGCAGACGGUGGCCGAACUUAGGAAGCACAUCCGGGCUCUCUUACAGCUUCCCCACCACGGCAUCCGGCUCUUCUACAUCAACCGGGAGAUGUGUUCGGUGUUGGGACCCGAGGAGUUAAAGUGCGGCACUCGGGCUCUUCAUUCCUACCGGAUUCAAGACGGGGACGAAAUUCUAGUCGUGCCGAAAGUCAAAAGUCGCAGCAGCAGCGCCUCAGGUCUUUGAGUCGGUACUUUAGGAACCUCCGAUGAACACUUACUGGAUACUAAGCUUUGACUUGACCCUUUUUUUUAGAUCAACAAAAAGAGGAGAUUAAUGUCAGUCUUGAAUGUAAAGACGUUUGCUCUCCAGAACAAAUCUAUACGAUAGAAGUAUUUGCACACCGCAUUCACAAAGCUUGAGUGCUUUAGUGGCUUGAGGUAACAAUGCAGCUAACAUCUAGUUUUAAAAAACGUUAUGCAAAUUCGGACCGGUUUCAUCGUCCUCCGGAAAUAGUUGUACCAGUUAAACGCACAAAAUGCACAUUAAUCUAAAACUAUUUUAUAAUAGGGUUGUUUUUGUUAUUAAACGUCAGAUGUUAGGUUGCAAAAAAAGUUCCCCCUUGCUUGCCACAUGCAUGGGACUUAGUAGUGUUUAUAUAACUGUUUUAAAAUGGGUUGAGGAAGAAUACAUGAGGCACACAAUACAAGCUGCUGUUUGCGUUAUGUAGUUACACUGUUCAUUGUGUUUUCAAAAUGCCUACGCUGACUUUCCCGCACCAUACUCGGCAGCUUCCAGAUGUGUUCUCUAGGUCUGUGAGCAGUGCAUCUUUGGAGAGUACAGUUCUAGCAAUAUACUCCUUAGAAGACAACACAAUAACCAACAUUGAACUUGUAUCAUACAACCAAGCUGACACAAGCACACACCAGAAUACAGAUAAGUUCUGUAGGCAAACAGAUUUACUCCUGAGCGUAUCCUGUCCCCGGACGGAAAGCUCUCUCUGCUUCUUCCCGUUACUUGGAUCACUUUCUCUUUCCACAUCCAACUUUAUUUAUAUAGCACAUUUAAAAACAACAGUGUUGACAUAAAGUGCUCUACAUCAAUACAUAUAUAAAAAGCAGCAUAAAUACGUUUAGACAAUAAAACCAUACUUGUAGCCACAGACUGAAAAACCCUCAAACACGAUGUACAAACAUUUAAAAACACCACAAAAUAGAAAACUCCAAUUUCGUAAACACCGACUGAUACGCCUUACACGUGGUCUGCAAGAGCACGGGAGAACAAGAAGGUCUUUAAACAUAUGACUCUUCGUGGUGGCUACAUACCCUGUGAUAUGUACCCACAAUGCAGUGUGUUGGGGAAAACGUGCAACACAGUCAGUACGCCCUACGAGAUAAGUUUAAAGUGAGUUAGGGGGCGAGGACGGAGGAAAGGAAGGAGCGUUGAUGCUCGAGUUACUGCAGGUCUUGAAUGGAGGAACUCUCUCGCCUGUCGAGUGAAACGCUGAGAAACCUCACACCAGCCGCUGUGUCACCUACACUUCCGCUGCGUUUGGGUUCGAAAGGGUUCAGCUAACAGACCCCCGCCCCUCACCCAUUCACCCCGAUCUCUCCUUUACAUCCGUCUGGGAAAAACCCGACACCUCCGAGUGUCUGCAGUUUCACAGGAGGUCGGGAACUUCUGCAUCGGCUCACUUCACUGUGGAUUGUUUCCAAUCAAAGAAUAGACAGAAAAAGGGACCUGCUGAUAAGUGACAGGUUUUCCUCUGCAGCUCAUAACCAGAAUUUAAGAAUCAUAUGAAGGGGAGGUACUUGAUUACCUGUCAGCCCGAAACUGAAAAAUCGUAUAAUAUACCUCUUACAUUUAUCUAAUCACUGACUACAGCUUCCUUCUCCCAAAUACUGGAGCCUGGAUAUGUUAUUUAGAGAUCCUUAUAGCCUGCUUGGGCAACACAAGAUUAUCCUCCCUUUGGCAGCCGUCUUUUUUGGCUGUAAUCUGGCAUGGAAAUUCUUCUUUUUGACGUAAUUAUAGUAUUUUUUACCCUUAAAAGAGCUCCAUCUGGAUGAUUAUCGUAGUGCGUUUUGCCAUAUUUCAUUUGGACGCAAGUGAGUACAGAUUUGAGAGACAUUAAUGGACUCGCUGUAUUGUUUCAGGAGUUGAGCUUUCUCAUUAACAUAAUCAGUGUUUGGUGCCAAUACAUUUUAAAUGACUGACUAGCUAAUUGUAUAUUUUUUAUAAACAAAUGACAAUGUGCUGAAUUCACACUUUAACCUGCAAUAAGCACGGUAACGUGUGUAUCCAAAGUUAUGCUGCGUUCACACCGGACGCGAUGCGAAUAUUCACAUCGCUCUAAACGCUGGAGUUUCCCCGCGGCUGCCAGCUGUGUUUACUCGCAUCAUUCAAACAAGACGCGCUGGCUCUGG